AUGCAGGUGGAAUCAGUACCUGCAUCAGCUUCAUUAUCUGAAGCACUCAUAUCAACACUACCAGUACCUCCCUCGGAAUCAGCAGAAGCUACAAAUGCACCACUAUCUCUAACAUCUGAAGAUACUGAAAAACCAACAUUUCAUAUCAUGCAACCACCACCACCUGCUGCGCCUCCAAUUGUAUCCAAUGAAGUACCAAUCGCUCCUGCACCACCAACUUACACUCAGCUAGUAGCCGUUCCAAUAGCUUCAGAUCAAUCAAUAACUGUUACUACACCAACAGCUACCAUCAAGCAAACCAAACGAGGUUCUCGAGCUUCUCAUAUUAAUAAACAAAUAAGUCGAUCACCAGCCAAACAAGCUACAUUACUUGCUCGACCAUCUACUGGUAAAACAUCAUGUAUAUUACCUCAACCACAAAAAACUGUUUUACUAAGUAAUCAAAUGACACCACUUGUACCAAAACCUAUAUCAGCAAAUGUUCCAAUUGUGAAACCAUCAGCAGCGAACCAAUCUCAAGGAUUCACUACUUAUUUGGUUGUAGAUGGAAAUCAAGGACAACUUGUGCAAGUCGCUAAUGAUGGUCAAAAACCAAUUACAUUUCGUAAUCAAGCUGGUCAAAUACUUCAAGCUACACCCAUAACUGUUGUCGCAGCAGCAAAUCAACCAGUUAUUCCUGCAUAUCAAACUAAUGGAGAUGUUUCUAUUUUACCUAACUCUACGCAAAUUCAUACUUUUCCACAACAACAAGCUACCGUUACUCCUAUUGGAACACAACAGUCACAUCAAAAUUCUCAGACAGUAACUACUGUUCGUACUAGUUCAACAAUUGACAUGCAACGAACUACUUUAACAAGUGAUACAACAACAAUGACAACACAGCAACUAACAGGUAUGACUCAAAUACCUGCAACAACAUCUUUACUUAAUGGUUGUAAUAUUGUAACUCAUCAACCAUCACUUCUUCAACCAAAUCCAAUAAUGCCAACAUCAAUAUUGAAUGGAAGUACUGUACAAUCCCAUGGACGAGAACUAUCACCGAUACAUAACGAGAAUGAUUCGUCUUUAGAUGACACAUCGGGAUUAGAUGGUUCAGUAACACCCGAUACAGGUCUUUCUCUUUCACUUUCUCAACUAGCGCGUAAAGCUAAUCAUCGUCAUCGACGUUCAAGCAGCUCAAGUUUAUCGAAAAAGAAACGUGGACGACCUAGAUUAUAUGAACGUGAUCCAUUUACGAAUAAACCAAUUAAAUGUCGUCCUAUGCCUGAAGGUACAGAAUUAUCCAUACCAAAUGUAACGACAACUACAACAACAUUACUUAUACCUGGUCAAACAACAACAACUACAACAUUUAAUAAUUUACAUCCUCAUACAAAUGGUGGUGCUUCAUUAAUAUUUCCGAAUCAAUCUAUAAAUCACACAACUACAAUUCCUGUUAAUAAUCCAUCACUGUUACAGCAACAGCAACAACAACAGCAGCAACAAUAUUCUUAUCCAUCUUUGCUCAGCGGCAAUGUAUCGUCAACAAACAUGCUUGCUGCGCCAACUAUGAAUAUCUUUUCCGUUAAUAAUAAUAACAAUAUUAGCUCAUGUUCUUCUUCAUAUUCUUAUUCAAAUCAACCAACAACAAUCAUUCCACCACCAUCAACACCAAUAACAACAACGUCAACAAACGGUCUUUCUCGCUCAUAUAUUCCCCCAAUAACACAGACUAUUGAAAAUCAUGCAACGAUUCCAUUAAAAAAUUUACAAAUAUCGUCAACAUCAUCUCCAACGACAAGUUCUCCUCGACCAUCAACGAAUGCUUCAUCGACAACAACAGUACCUAAUGUUGUUCAAUUAAAUCCUUCGCCAAUUAAAUCUCUUAAUCAAACACAAAAUAGUGAUAUUGUAGUUCAUUAUAUUGGUGGCUUUGUUAUACGUGAAAGUAGUCAUCCGUUUCCAGCUGAUGAAAAUGAUGAUCAUACAAAAGAAUUAAACAAUUCAAUUGGUAAAGAAAAAGAAAAUCAUAGUUUUAAUGAUACAAAUAGUGAUCUUGGUUCUGAUCAACUUCGAUGUACGUUAUGUAAAAAAGUUGAUUUUUCAGAACGAUUUUUUAAUCAAGAAAAAAAAUUUUGUUCACGGUCCUGUUCAAUGAAAUCAUCUAAGAUAGCUAAAACAAUAAAUGGAAAGAAUCCUGAUCAUAUUAAAACACCGUCAAUAAGUGAACCAAUAAGAAUGAUUGAAAAUUCUAUACCACAACAAUCCAUUGAAUCAAAUCAUGAUGAACCAAUAUCAUUACCACCUGAUCAUGGUUUACCAACUGAUCCAAGUAAAUGGACUGUUUUUCAAGUUGGUGAAUUUGUUGCACGUCUAACAAAUAAUACAAUACGUGAAGCUUUCUAUGAAAGUGAAAUGGAUGGUCAAGCAUUGUUGUUAAUGACACAAGAACAUUUACGUGAUACUAUGAAAAUCAAAUUAGGUCCAUCAUUAAUUAUAUCAAGUGAAAUCGCUAAACUACGUGAACGUGCAAAAGCAUUUACUACUUAA